AUGAAUAAGCCAUACCAACGCAAAGCUCCGAUCGACACCAUUUCCAUCGAGUUCAACGACUGGAUAUGGCCAAAAUGGGCAACAUCGGCUUCGCCAGCUGUUGCGAGCGCUGAAGUGCUGGACCUAUGGUUUCAGGCCUGCCAGGAUGUCCGCGGAAUGGUCUGCGGUGGCAAGAAUCCUCGUCUUUACGCAGAAAACGAGUGCCCGAAGGUGCCUUUGGAGAGAAGCGCCUUGUCAACACUAGGUACUCCUAUCCCUGCCGGGGAGUCGCUUCCCAGAUUUUUCCCGGCCAGGCCUGAAGGACGGUCCAGAGAGAACAAGGUCACACUCAAGUUUGCGUUCAUGGCUCUGACGUACAUCUUCUUCCGCGAGCGACUCUCACCCAAGCCAUCGACAAUGAAUAUCGACGAGGCAAAAGCGUGUUUGCAAACGCUGAAGGGUGAUUUGGAAACAAUCUUGAGCAUACCGGCGAGCGAAGCGCAGGCGGCAAGGGAGGCACUCCGCUCAUUGAUUGAGCACUUGAUUCUCGUCGAGUACAAAGUAGCCGCCGAGAAAGCAGAUGACAAGGAGAUCAGCGGGGGCAAUGAUUUGCCCAAAAUCCCCCUGAUCAGAGUCAAACGGCCUUUGCCGGCGGCCUCGCGUAUCGACAGUAAUGGACGCAUGCUCUUGGCAAUAUUUGGAAGAUGCUUAGCAAAGACUGUCGAGUGCAGCAGGAUCGUGAUGCCCGAGCGGCGAUUGCUGGAGCUGCUAGACGAGGCGGGGCGGGCUUUCACCGGUUACAGGGACAAUUGCACCGCACCGCAGGGGUUGGAGAGCUACCAUGUCGUUCGCUGGCUAUAUGACUGGCGGAUGAAUAGAGAGGGAAAACUUGACGAAGACGAGCUGAUGCUUUGGGCUCUCACGGGGAAACAAGCCCGGUAUUCUGGCACCCUUGCACAACUGAUCAGCAACGUGAAACUAGCCCAUGACAGGCUGUUCAGUCAAUAUGCAUUGGCUGAGAAGCUGUACGGAGAUUUGAGUGCCAUCCGUGCUGUUGCAUCGAGUGUUGAGAUCAGAGAAGCAAUUGACAAGGCCAUUUGGUAUCAGGGCAGUCGGUGUGGGAUACCGUUCUGUAAUUUCGUCAACUUCAGCUACUAUCCCCCAGCGAAUGAGGUGCCUAAAGGCUGGCAGCCGCUGAAGAAGUUCCAGAAGCUCAAGGCCAAGCAGGAAAGACUGACACAAAAGUUUCAACGGGACCUGAUGACCGUCUCGUUUGCGACAAGACUCAAAAUUGAGUUGGACCGCAGGAGCGAGGAUGCCGCUGCCAAGAAGAAAACGGGGGCUGCCAUGAAGGCCGAACAGAAAAGCCGCUGUGGACAAGAUCAAUGA